GCCAGAGCCGGAGCCAGAGACAGAGGAGGAGAGAACAAGGGGCUUGGCAAGGGCAGGAUUAGACGGAGAGGCAGAGGUAGCGGAGGAAAGAAACGGGAGAGAGAGUCAGGGAGGGAGCCUGGGGACACAGGGGCAGAGAGAAACAGACGCCCCAGAAGUGCGGAGGGUAACCUGGGCCUCCCCUCCGCCUCCAGCUGCACCGAGGACCGGGGGAGCAGGGAGUGAGGUGCUGGGCAUCACAGGGGUGGACCCGUCUCCCCUUCCCUUGCCACCUCCCACCCCCCACCUCCCCAGGGACCCCUCCUGCCCCGCUCCCCGGGAGGCAGCUGGAGGCCGGGGAUGGCGGAUUCAUGCCGGAACCUCACCUACGUGCGGGACUCGGUGGGCCCGGCCACCAGCACCCUGAUGUUCGUGGCGGGCGUGGUGGGCAACGGCCUGGCGCUGGGCAUCUUGGGGGCGCGGCGGCGGUCGCGCCCCUCGGCCUUCGCUGUGCUGGUCACCGGGCUGGCGGUCACCGACCUGCUGGGCACGUGCUUCCUGAGCCCGGCCGUGUUCGUGGCCUACGCCCGCAACAGCUCGCUGCUGGGCCUGGCCCGGGGCCGCCCGGCGCUGUGCGACGCCUUCGCCUUCGCCAUGACCUUCUUCGGCCUGGCCUCCACGCUCAUCCUCUUCGCCAUGGCCGUGGAGCGCUGCCUGGCGCUCAGCCACCCCUACCUCUACGCCCAGCUGGACGGGCCCCGCCGCGCCCGCCUGGCGUUGCCGGCCAUCUACGCCUUCUGCACGGUCUUCUGCUCGCUGCCCCUCCUGGGCCUGGGCCAACACCAGCAGUACUGCCCUGGGAGCUGGUGCUUCAUCCGCAUGCGUUCGGCUGAGCCGGGCGGCUGCGCCUUCUCGCUGGCCUAUGCCAGCCUCGUGGCCCUGCUGGUGGCCGCCAUCGUCCUCUGCAAUGGCUCCGUCACCCUCAGCCUCUGCCGCAUGUACCGCCAGCAGAGGCGCCACCAGGGCUCGCUGGUCCUCGGCCCCCGGGCGGGCGAGGACGAGGUUGACCACCUGAUUCUGCUGGCCCUCAUGACGGGCAUCAUGGCCGUGUGCUCCCUGCCUCUCACGAUCCGCGGCUUCACCCAGGCCAUCACCCCGGACAGCAGUGAGAUGGGAGACCUCCUGGCCUUCCGUUUCAAUGCCUUCAACCCCAUUCUGGAUCCCUGGGUCUUUAUCCUCUUCCGCAAGUCCAUCUUCCAGCGGCUGAAGCUCUGGUUCUGUUGUCUGUAUUCGAGGCCUGCCCAAGGCGACUCUCGGACGUCCCUCUCUCGGUCUGCCUCGGGGAGGAAGGACUCAAGCGCCCCCCCUGCUCUCGAGGGGAAAAAGGGGAACUGGGUGCCUUUGUCAGCCUGGGGCGAGGGGCAGGGGGCGCCCUUGCCAGCCGCACAGCCACCCACCAGCACCGUGGGAACACCCUCCAAACCGGGGUCCGAGGCAGCCUGCUCCCUCUGCUGACAUCUGCCCGGUGAUCACCCGCCCUGUCUUCCGGCCGCAGCUGCCAGAUAUUCAGGGACAUGACCGAUGGCUGCGGGCGGAUCAGCCUAGAGAUGGUUCCUGGGGCCCUGCCGGCCAGAACACGGACCCUCUGGAUUCAGGGGAUGAUCAGCUGCUAUUCCUCCUUCCUCCGGGUGGCCGCGAGGGGCUGCAGGAGGAGGGAGAUGUGGAAAGGAAGUAUCCUGGAACAUAAAAAGAACAGUUCUCUCAAAAUAUCCGGUGGCUUGGCUGGCCUGGUCUGGCCCUCACUUGCCCAUCCAUCUCACUGUCUAAAUAUUUAGAAGGCAGAAAUGUUCCCAGCGGCUUCUGUGCGCUCAGGUCUGCUCUGGUUAGGGUUCUGCCUCUGAUCUUCCUUCAUUCAGGGUGCCCUGAUGCCCACCCCAAGGCCCCAGUGGACACCCCUGAGCCUGGCUCUGCGUUGCCGGGGGGAGUUCCCCAAGAGCCACCCUCUCUCUGCCUCAUGAAAGCCUGGGGUUCCCUGACAAGUUCCCUGUCUCCCUUUCCUUCCGAUUCCCGUUGGACUUGGGAGGCCUGGUCCACCCCCCUCCCCACCAGGGCAGAAGGGGUGACUGUUGCCUUGGGAGUGACACCACUGGACAGUUGCCUGAGAAAAACUGCAUGGCUUGGUGAGUUGCAAGAUGUGGAUGGCAGGUGGCAGGAGAAGCUGGAGAAUGAUGGGGUGGGAGCUACAGAACCCAUCCUUGGAUAAAUAGCUGCCCAACCCCCCAACUGCCCCUGCAGAGCCUGACCUCAUGCCCUGUGUCCUCGGAACCCUCGCAAAAAUGUCAUCCAUCCAUUCAUUCAUUCAACAAAUAGUGAGCCCUGAAUCUACCAGGUGCUGGGGACACAAACCGAUCUCAGCCCCACCUGGGACUCCUCUAGGGUAAUUUCCAGCCUUCAAUUCCCCUUCUGAUAGCCGGAGCUUUUCCAGCCAUCCACCCCUCUCUUGUCACAGCCAUCCUCUGCCGAACUCAAGGGUUUUCCAGGAGUGAGCAUGAAAGGAAGUGGUUCUUCGGGUGGUGGGAGGAGGUGAAUGGGAAAGCCCCCAGACUCUCCCCGGCCCUGAUUCCACUUUCUCACUUGCUUCAGGGUUAAAGCAAUCAUUCUGCC